AUGAUCGAAAUUGAUUAUAAACGAAUUCCUUAAUGGUUAUAGGAAAGAAAUAAAUUAAAUUAGGAAUGGUCAAAAAAAUAUAAAGCUCUACAAUUAAAACAAUUAGAAAUUUUAGGUGAAAGCAAAAGUACAUACACAUUUCAAGAUUGUUCUGAAGAAUUAGAAAAAUUAAAGAACUCAGAUGAAGGGGCUCAAAAAACGAUUUUUGGAGGUUUCUCAUCUAAAUCUAUAAAAACUAUGGAGAAUUUACUUAAACUCUAUCAAAAAGAAAAUCUACACCUAAUUAAUAUGGGUUAGGCUCUAGUAUAAGUUUUAACAUAUGACAUGUAAAUUUUUACUUAAUUUAAGACCAGGAAUUAAAAAGUAAUUAAUAUUGAAUGAUUAAUAAUUAUAAUCAACAGAAUAAAGGAUUAUUGAUUCUCAAGUUUAAAUAUAAAAUCAUAAGUUAUAAUUUGAAAAACAAUGUAAGAAGCAUGGAAUUGAAGGUUAAAAUAUAGAGGAAGAAGUUCCAAAUAUGAUACUAUAAAUUCCACCUUUGUUUUAAGAAAUUGAAUAAUUAGCCUUAAAUAAUUAAACGAUAUUAAAUAGCAUUGAAUAUUACAGAUAAUUUUCUAUUUACACUAAUCCUUCUUUAGAUAAAUCAAGCAUAGUUACACAUUUAGAAUCUUUUGUAUUGAAAGGUAAUUAAAAACCAUUAGACUGGGAAAUUAUUGAAGCUCCAAAAACAGAAGAGAUUGAUUGGAUGAAAUAUAUAUAACCUUAGCAAGUCAAUAUACCUGAUAGUGAACUAUUGAAUACAUAAUUUAGAAGCAAUCUUAUAAUAAAUUUAAAUGAAGUAAUAAUAAUAAUAAUAAUUUAGUUAAUUGGAUUUUAUUCAGCAAGAUUGGAAUAAUUAAAAUAAGAUUAAUCAAUAGUUAAUUUUGAUGCUUAAAAUAAAUUAUUUGAAUUAUCAUCAUAAGAAUUGUAAAAUUAUUUGAAUAUCUUACAUUAAUUAUUAGAUAAAUUGAUUAGUCCUUGGCUUAGAUAACUUUUACAAUUGAAAUCAUCUGUUAAGUAAAUAAUUAUAUUAAUUAUAGAACUCAAUAAAGAAUUAUUAAAAAUUUAGAAGAAUUUGCUAUUUCAAUAAAAAAGAGUGAAUCAAACAUUAUUCAUUCAUAAAAUAAAAUAGCUGAUUUGAAAUCUGAAUAAUUUAAAUUAUAGAAUCAAUUAAGAGAUUUACAAAGUUAGGUUAGAAAGAUGAAAUAAUUUACAGAGAAACAAUUCACAGAUUUAUUUAAAACAGAAAUCAAAUUGAUUGGAUGUGAUUGUUGA